AUGGAGAUGUCGUCUGCGUCCGCCAUGUUUGGUCAAUCAUCUGCUCAGCUUGUGAAAGCUGAAAUCGGGAUUAAGGGUUUGUUUCCUCGGAGAGCGACGAUCGUUUCUUCCCCUUCGAUUCCUCGAUUUUUGCGGAUGGAAUCUCAGUCUCAGCCUCGCCAGUCUAUCUCCUGCUCUUCUUCUCCUAAAGAGAACGUUUCUCAGGCGAAUUCUUCUUCUUCCUAUGUCGUGUCAGCUCGAAUUGGAGAAGUGAAGAGAGUAACAAAGGAGACGAAUGUGUCAGUGAAGAUCAAUUUGGACGGCACUGGAGUUGCAGAUAGUUCUACUGGAAUUCCUUUCCUUGAUCAUAUGCUAGAUCAACUUGCUUCACAUGGCUUGUUCGAUGUGCACGUAAGAGCCACUGGUGAUGUUCACAUCGAUGAUCAUCACACUAAUGAAGAUAUAGCUCUUGCCAUUGGAACAGCUCUGUUAAAGGCCCUUGGUGAGCGUAAAGGGAUUAACCGGUUUGGUGACUUCACAGCUCCUCUAGAUGAAGCGCUUAUACAUGUUACCCUGGACUUGUCUGGUAGACCAUAUCUUGGUUACAACUUGGAGAUUCCUACUCAGAGAGUUGGAAACUACGACACUCAGUUGGUGGAGCAUUUUUUCCAGUCAUUGGUGAAUACUUCCGGUAUGACACUUCACAUCCGGCAGCUUGCUGGUGAAAACUCUCAUCACAUUAUAGAGGCGACCUUUAAGGCCUUUGCCAGAGCUCUACGUCAAGCGACAGAGAAUGAUCAUCGCCGUGGUGGGACGAUACCAAGCUCAAAAGGAGUCUUGUCACGGUCUUGA